AUGGGUCAAGUCACGGAGAUACUACAAGUCAUUAAGGCCAAGUUGGAUACCCAAACGACAGUCGUUUCAGAAAUCACCGGUCCUACGAUUGAACCCCAACCUGCGAGGACAGUGCCUACCACUUGGCUAGCCUACGGUUUACCUCCCGACUUCUCACCUCCAGUUGAAGGUGCCCCUAGUUUUGUACAAUCCACUCAGCAGAUGGUUCCUCUACCAACUAUCCAUGAAACUCAUCCCGUGGCCCACACGUUUGCAUCACCCCUUGUCCAUGCACACAUGCAACCUUAUUUUGAAGAUCAACAACAUGCUCCGGAAUUUUCAUAUGAAGAUGAUGAAAGGAAUGAAGACAUAAGAGGAAUGAAAGAGAAUUUCCAGAUUCUUGAGAAAAGGUUAAGGGUUAUGGAAGGUGACCAAGUCUUUGGUGUUGCUGCUAGGGAGAUGUGCUUAGUGCCUAGUCUUAUGAUUCCCGCAAAAUUCAAGACCCCAGAUCUCGAUAAGUACGAGGGUCACUCAUGCCUUAAAAGUCACCUCAUUAUGUACUAUCGAAAAAUGGUUACGCACGUAGAGGACGAUAGCUUAUGA